UCAGAGGAAAAGAACAAGAAUCAGAGCAAUAUCAGCAUGUGGUGUGGAUAAACUGUCAGAAAGCCAGGCAAGAGCGGGACAUACAAUAACAGCCACUCCUGCUGCCAGGGAGGAGGGAAAGACAAGCAGAGGGCAGGGAAAAAUGGACACACCUCCCUCUCUGGUUCAAAGUGCAGGGAGUUGCUGAGAAAAUCACAGGAACAAGAUCAGCGACAUGUGGAGCCAAUUUCUGGGGAACGUCAGGCCGGCGGUGCAUGAGCACUGGCCGAAAAGUGCCCUGGUACCUGCAGCUCUUGGAGUUGGAGGGGCAGUGGUUUGCUGGAUGCUGCUCAGGUCCAGGAAGAAAACCCUUGAAAUGGGAGAUGGAUGGUGGGCACUUGGGGCCCCACAGCAGAGAGAGGACACCAGUGUGAGGGCCUUCACUCUUGAGGUUUCUGACACAGAGAUUCAGGAUCUGUACCAGCGCUUGGACCGCACUCGCUUCAUCUCACCUCUAGAGGAUUCCCAGUUUCACUACGGAUUUAAUUCCAUUCACCUCAAACGUGUUGUCUCCUACUGGAGGAAUUCAUUUGAGUGGCACAAGCAAGUGGAGCUCAUCAAUAAAUAUCCUCAUUACAAAACAACUAUAGAAGGGCUGGAGGUGCACUUUAUACGUGUGAAACCAGCGCACCUCCCACCAGGACAGAAAGCUCGGCCUCUACUCAUGGUUCACGGCUGGCCGGGCUCCUUCUACGAGUUUUAUCGUAUCAUUCCCCUUCUGACAGAACCAUCUAAAUAUGGUCUGAACCCAAACCUUGCCUUUGAGAUCAUCUGUCCAUCCAUCCCCGGAUAUGGCUUCUCUGAGGCACCACAUAAGAAGGGGUUUAAUGGGGUGGCAGCGGCUCGGAUUUUCUAUAAACUGAUGCUGAGGCUGGGAUUUGGGGAAUUCUACCUGCAGGGAGGAGACUGGGGCAGCCUCAUCACUACAUUAUUGGCACAGAUGAAACCAGAAUGUGUGACAGGUCUCCAUUUGAAUAUGGCCUUUGUACCCAAGGGGGGCUUUGGUCAGACCAUAUCUCUGCUCCUGGGAAGAUAUGUACCUUGGCUGGUGGGCAUGACGCGGGAAGAUGUCAAUCGCUUAUAUCCAUAUUUUGAGAAGAACGUCUACGCGUUGCUGAGGGAGUCUGGCUACAUGCACAUCCAGGCCACCAAGCCCGACUCUGUAGGCUCUGCUCUCAAUGACUCUCCCGCCGGCCUGGCUGCCUACAUUCUAGAGAAGUUCUCAACAUGGACAGACCCAGAGUUCCGUAAACUUGAGGACGGUGGCCUUGAAAGGAAAUACUCCCUGGAUGACCUUCUCACUAACAUCAUGAUCUACUGGCUCUCAGGCUCCAUCACCUCCUCUAUGAGGUUCUACAAGGAGAACUUCACCCGAGACUUCCUCUACUCUCCAGCCAAUACGAUGGCUGUGCGUGUCCCCACAGGUAUUGCUUCUUUCCCCUGUGAGCUGAUGCACGUCCCACGCUCGUGGGCUAAGGGGAAGUUCAGAAACAUUAGCAGCUACACAUACAUGCCACGCGGGGGGCAUUUUGCAGCGCUGGAGGAGCCUGAGCUUCUUGCACGAGAUAUUCAGCACUUUGUGUUCAGGGUGGAGAAAUUGGGGCAAUAAGCUGUAAUCGACACAGGUAUGGGACCUGUUCUCCAAAAAACUCAGAUAAGGGAUCUUUCUGCAAUUUGGAUCACCAUACAUCUACUAAAAAAUCAUUUAAAUAUUCAACUAGGGAUGCACUGAAUCCGGUAUUUGGCCAAGAAUUGGCUUUUACAGUAGGAUUUGGAUUCAGCCAAAUCCAAGUGAUUGACUGUACCGAAUCCAAAAAAAUCACGUAAAUUUUCAUCACACAAACAAGGAAGUCAAAAAUGUUUUAGUUGCGUGGCACAAGCGGUUCUCUUUCCCCUUUAUUUCCCUAAUUUACAUAUGCAAAUUAGGGUCUGGAUUCAGUUCAGUAUUCACAAAGUAUUCGAAAUGCAUGGGCUAUCUAUUUAGCCAGUUUUUAUUUUCAUACUGAACAAUUCUUUUCAACCCAAUAGGAUUGUUUCACAUCCAAUAUAAAUUAAUUAUUUCUUAGCUUGGAUCAAGUACAAGCUACUGUACUUGAUCCAAACUAAGAAAUUAUUAAUUGGAUGUGAAAAGGAAAUCACUUUUUAAAAUUUUAAUUAUUUGAUUAAAAAGGAGUCUAUGGGAGAUUGCCUUCCUGUAAUUCUGAGCUUUCUGAAUAACGGGUUCCUGGAUAACGUAUCCUAUACCUGUACUGUAUAUUCCUGUCAAAUAAGCCCUGACUGCCUAAAGCUGGCCUUACACAUUAAGAUUUUAUUCCUUGUACAAUGAGCAUUUGGAUGGCGAUUGUUCAUUGUUUUUUGUAAAACUAACCAUUCACAUUUAAACUGUAGGAUUAAAGUAAGAAAAAGAAUUCAGACAAUGUUGUGGCCAUUAAUAGACAGACAGCAAUCAUACGUAAGUUAUGUCCUAGAGAUAGUAGUGGCAAUCACCCCAUGAUAUUGUCAGAUAGGCAAUACAUGCAGAGAUAAUAUCGUUAUCCGACAGAAAUCAUCUACCCUGUUCGAUCCACCAACGACUGAUUGGCAUGGUUUGAAAAUUGUCGGAAUGAUUAUUUGGGGCCCAUGCAUGGUCCGAAAAGCGUAUGUAAAGUAUGAUUAUAUCUGCCAGCUUUACCCUAAGCUGCUUCAUCUGCGCGCAACGUAUUGGCGGCAGCUUUGGCUCCAAUAUCAUUUGGUUAUUUUAUUCAAAUAAAGUGACAAUGUUUUGCCUAA